ACAGUUCAACUAUAAAACUCCCUUCACAAAGUUUCCACAAGGAUCAAUUCAAAGCAUAAACCCCCCAAGAGCCACAAAUCUCUCUAUAUAUAUAGAUAUAUUCUCUCUCAGGAAAAUGGAAGAAUCGAGCUUUAUGGAUCUCAUGGACACGAACGAAUACUUCAUAGAUGAGCUGGAUCUCGACUCCUCCCUCUUUGGAGAAACCUUUGAUGACACGAAGCCAGCAACAGAACCCAAUGGCUCGGACCGUUGGGAGAUCAUUACAGACAAAACACAGGUCUUUGAACCGGUUUGCGAGAGACCCACGAAGCAGGUCAAACCCAACCACAACACCAAUUACUCAUCUUCUCCGUCUUCGUCCUCUUCUUCAAUUUCUCCGUCUUCCCAACUGAUAUCGUUCGGGGACUGUAACGUAUCCAACAUAAUGGGAAUGGAACAGCAGUUCCGACAAGCUACGUCUUCCAAGAAAUCUACGACAAGGAAACAGCCUCAUACCAUGAAAGAACAUGUCAUCGCUGAACGGAAGCGUCGCCAGAAACUCAACGAGAGACUGAUUGCUCUCUCCGCUCUUCUCCCCGGUCUGAAGAAGGUGGACAAGGCGACAGUUCUGGAAGACGCGAUAAGUCACGUGAAAAGACUUCAAGAACGGGUAAAACAGCUCGAGGAAGAACAAGGUUCGACCACUAAGUCAAUGGAGUCGGUGAUCUUCGUCAAGAGAUCUGUCCUGUCGGAAGACGAGGAUUCUUUGGCUUCGUCGGACGAACAAAUCAGCAGAAGAACACUGCCUUUGAUCGAGGCAAAAGUCUCCAACCAAGAUUUGCUUCUUAGGAUUCUCUGUGAGAAGAGCAAAGGGUGCCUCGGAAAGAUUCUAAGUACAAUGGAGAUGCUUCAAUUGGAUGUCGCCAGUAGCUUCACUUUGCCCUUUGGAAACUCCACUCUCGAUAUCACGAUUCUUGCCAAGAUGGACAGCAACUUCAGUCGACCGGUGAAGGACGUGGUGGAGAACAUAAGAUCCGCCAUUGCUGAAUAAGUUUUGCUGACUGUUUAGCUGUAAUCGUUGCAUUUGGAUUGAUAUUUUGCGUAUUCAAUUUAUAUUUGGAGUGAUCA